AUGUUUUUAAUUUGCCUAAACAAAAAUGCUGAAACUCUCACUUCUGUUGGUCCUUUGUGUGAUUAUUGUAUCACAUGUUUCUGCUCAAAGGAAUCGCGAAUACUGUGAGGAUAUAUAUCGCGAUUGUCAGAGUCAUACAACUGCUAUAGGAAGAUUUGAUGAAACCAUAGAUUCGUAUAAUCGACAUUGUCGCCGUGAACGUCGGGGACGAUGGAAUAAUGUCUCUCGAUGUGAAAUGGAGAAGGCCACUUGCAUUCUAAUCCUGCAGCGUUGUGAUGACAUGUCUUGCAAUAAUAUUGCGGAAGUCCUGGGCUUUUGAAUAAAUAAAUCUAAACAUUGUACGACUCCCGCGAAAACAUUUUGGUAUAGCUCUUCCGGAAAU